AUUACCACCAAGCAGCCUCCCACCAACAACAAGAUUCCUAGAAAGUAUCAAUACAAAUUGUUAAACCAAAUAUCAAAACCCACACUACCACCACUCUCAUCAUGAGUCCACCAACUCAAGCAUGUUAUACACUCGUACACGAUGAUGCUCAAGAUCAAUAUGCAACACAAGAUUUAAGAGCAGCAUUAGAAAAAGGAACAGACGAACUCAAAUUAGAAACGCUACGUAGAAUCAUUGUUUCGACCUUGAAUGGAAACCCACAACCUACACUCUUGAUGCCUAUCAUUCAAUUCGUUUUGCCUUCUCGUAAUAAACAAAUUAAAAAAAUGUUACAUUUCUAUUGGGAAGUUUGUCCAAAGUUUGAUGAAGCUGGUAAAUUAAAACAAGAGAUGAUUUUGGUUUGUAAUGCUAUUCGUAAUGACCUACAACAUCCUAAUGAAUACAUUAGAGGGGCUACCUUACGAUUUGUUCAAAAGUUACGAGAACCUGAACUUCUCGAACCACUUGUACCAACAGUCCGAACUUGUCUAGAACAUCGACACUCCUUCGUACGAAAAAAUGCAGUCUUUGCAGUCUAUUCGAUCUAUCAAGCUUUCGAUUAUCUCAUUCCAGAUGCACCAGAAUUGGUUCAAACCUUUUUAGCAGCUGAAUCAGAUUUAACUUGUAAACGAAAUGCAUUCAUCAUGCUCGUUAAUACCAGUCCGGUUAGAGCUAUCGAAUAUCUUUUACAAAUCUAUGAUCAAAUUUCAUCAUUGGAUGAAUUGAUGCAACAGGCGGUGAUUGAAUUGAUUAGGAAAGAUAGAGAGGGAAAAGGUGAAGGUGGAAAAGAGGAUUUGAAAGCUCGUUAUAUCAGAAUCAUUUCGGAAUUAUUAGAGUCCCCCUCUCAUUCUGUCAAGUACGAAGCUGCAAUGACGCUCACCACCCUAACUCAAAACCCUGCAGCUGUCAAAGCUGCAGCUGCAUGUUUCAUUGAUUUGAUCGUCAAAGAAACGGAUAAUAAUGUGAAGAUGAUCGUUUUGGAUCGAGUUGAGGCUCUUAGAAGUAAACAUGAUCAUGUACUAGAUGACAUGGUGAUGGAAAUCUUACGUGUCUUGUCCUCUCCGGAUAUGGAUGUGAGGAAAAAAGCUACCAGUUUGGCUUUGGAUAUGGUCAGUAGUCGAAAUGUCGAGGAUGUGGUUUUAUUCCUCAAGAAAGAAUUGGUAAAGACCUUGAGUGAAACGUUCGAAAAGAACGCCGAAUACCGACAACUGUUAAUCCAAUCGAUUCAUACAUGUGCCAUCAAAUUCUCAGAAGUAGCUUCAAACGUAGUACACGUCUUGAUGGAAUUCUUAGGAGAUUCUAAUAAUUCAGCUGCAGUAGAUGUGAUUUCAUUUGUAAGAGAAGUGGUUGAAAAAUUUCCAGAUUUAAGAUCUUCUAUUAUUGAAAAACUUUUACAAACUUUUCCAGAGAUUAAAAGUGGUAAAGUUUUUAGAGGUGCACUUUGGAUUGUGGGAGAAUAUUGUACUACUCCAUCAGAUAUGCUUGAAACCUUUUCACAGAUUAGAAAGGUGAUUGGUGAAAUUCCUAUAUUGGCUUCUGAACAACGUUUACUGGACGCUGCUGAAGCUGAGGCAGAAGCAGAAGCAUCAGCUUCUGAAAACGUCAACAACACUAAACCGUCUGGUCCUACCACCACUACGAAAGUCCUUGCGGAUGGAACGUAUGCAACUGAGACUACCUUCUCUGUUACUGCGACUGCAAGUUUGAACAAAGUCAAGGCUCAAAGCAAACCUCCACUUCGUGCUAUGAUCUUAGGUGGUGAUUUUUACACUGGAGCAGCUUUGGCAUCGACUUUAACCAAACUAGUCUUACGAUUUUCGGAGCAUUCGAAAGAUUCAAGGGAAAUUAACGGUUUAAAAGCUGAAGCGAUGUUAAUGAUGACCUCUGUGAUUAGAGUUGGACAAUCGCAUUUUUCUUCUGUACCGAUCGAUGAAGAUUCAGUUGAACGGAUCACGACUUGUUUACAAGCCUUGGCCGAAGUACCUGAAGGAAAACCGAUCAAGGAGAUCUUCUUACAUGAUACCCAAGCCGCUUAUACACAAAUGGUAGCACAUGAUGAAAAGAAGAAAGCGGAAAAGAAAUCGAAAGAUUCGAAAUUGAUUGAAGUUCAGGUAGAUGAUUUGAUUAGUUUUAAACAAUUUAAUAAACGAAAUGGGAUUGAAGGAGAUGAGUAUGAAACUGAUUUGACUAAAGCGACGGGUACGAUGGAAGCUAAAGAAGAUUUCUUAUCGAAAUUAAGUCGAGUGAUUCAAUUAACCGGAUUCUCUGAUCCGGUUUAUGCAGAAGCAUAUGUGAAUGUGAAUCAAUUUGAUAUCUUAUUAGACGUUUUGAUUGUGAAUCAAACUUCGGAAACUUUACAAAACUUAACGGUAGAGUUUGCAACGUUGGGAGAUUUGAAAUUAGUGGAAAGACCAGUGUCUCAUACGUUGGGACCGAUGAGUUUUCAAUCUAUUAAAGCUACCAUCAAGGUUUCAUCGACGGAGACUGGGGUGAUCUUUGGGAAUAUCUUUUAUGAUGGAGUGGCUUCUUCGGAUGGACAUUGUGUGGUUUUGAAUGAUAUUCAUAUUGAUAUUUUGGAUUAUAUCAAACCUGCGUUUUGUAAUGAAGCUCAGUUUAGGAGUAUGUGGACUGAGUUUGAAUGGGAAAAUAAGGUGAAUGUUAGUACUAAGAUUGAUGAUCUUAGAGUAUAUUUGGAUCAUAUUAUGGCAGCUACCAAUAUGUCUUGUUUAACACCUGAUGCAGCUUUAUCAGGAGAAUGUGGAUUCUUAUCAGCAAAUAUGUAUGCACGUAGUUUAUUUGGUGAAGAUGCAUUAGCUAAUUUAAGUAUUGAAAAAGCUGAUGGAGUUUUACAAGGUCAUGUUAGGAUUCGAAGUAAGACACAAGGAAUUGCACUUUCACUUGGUGAUAAGAUUACUCUUUUACAAAGAAAACCUUGAUGAAAACUUGAAACGUUUUUUGGUUUCUUUGAAGAUUUUUUUUGGAUCAGAAACUUUGAGGGAGGAAGAGAUGGUAGAAGAAGAAGAAGAUUCAUUGGUUUUAGAUUAGAUUAGGUUUAUUUUUUAUUUUUGGUUUUGGUUUUGUCUUUUUGUUUUGUGUUAAGAGUGAUGAAAAGAAUGAAAAAAGAUGAAAGU